CGAGGAUGCUAAACUUAUUUCGCAACUUGAAGAAAACCUAAUGCACAAGUCUAACAAUGUGCCAUGGUCAUUGCUACCUUUGCCGGCAUCAGAUAAUAUGUACUGGUUUUCUCCCAACCAAGCUUCUAAUCAAGACAUCGGAUUUGAUAUUCGCUUGGGAAGAUUACAUUCUCUUGGAUUUGUUGUAUAUUAUCGCCAAGAUUUGAAAUUUACCACGGAUUUGUCUGAACUCCUUACGGAACCAAUGCAAUUAGCAAGGCGAGAUCAAUUGCUUGACCAUAAAUUUGUCAACAUUCUGCAUUCACUUCAGGUGGCACAGUUUUACUUUUGGAAAUUGUGGAAAUCUCAAGCUUUGACAAACAAAGUUGAAUGCGGAAAGGCGGUUCGAUUAUCACAAUCACAAUCUGAGAAGAUCAGUCAGGUGAAUUCUGUUUUUCUGAAGGAUACUAAACUGGUGGAGACGGUUUUUCAUAGCGCGGAUCAAUGUUAUUUUGAUCCAGUCACUUUUUCUGCUUCUAUUGCUGCGUGGGAGGACUAUUCAUGUAAGUUGCAUAAAGAAAUAUUACUGAGCUUGCCUCAAUGGAGAGCUCAUCAAGCUAUAUAUCGUAUCAAAUUUGAUGUGGCAUGA